GAGAGAUUUUAGGUUUACCAAUUCCAUUGCUUCCUCCAUGAAAUUAGAAGCUGAUACAUACACUCAUUUUUAUUUUUAUUAAGAGCUUUCAAAUUCUAUAGUUUUGGGUCAUGAAGGGAUUGGUUCAGACACGUCGUCUUCUUCUUCUAGAGAGAGCAGGUACUCCAAGAACUCAUGUUUUCUCGUCUUGUUGCGGACGAGACUAUUCUGGUUUCAGCGAUAGGAAUCUUUCUUAUAAAGAGAGAUUGAGAAGUGGGCUUGCUGAUAUCAAGGCAGAGGAUGCUGUUGAUCUCUUUCAAUCCAUGAUUAGGUCUCGUCCUCUUCCCACUGUCACUGAUUUCAAUAGAUUGUCUAGUGCCGUUGCCAGAACAAAGCAGUAUGAUCUCGUUCUAGCUCUCUCCAAGCAGAUGGAGCUGAUUGGGAUUGCGUAUGACUUGUACUCUCUCAAUAUUGUCAUCAAUUGUUUCUGUCGGCUUGGUAGAGUUUGUUUCGCUUAUUCUGUUUUGGGGAAGAUCCUGAAACUUGGGUAUGAGCCUGACACAGUCACUUUUUCAACUCUGAUUAACGGAUUAUGUCUCGAGGGCAGAGUUUCCGAAGCGGUGGGGUUAGUUGAUCGAAUGGUAGAAAUGAGACAUACACCCGAUCUCAUUACCAUUAACACUCUGGUUAAUGGACUUUGUCUCAAAGGUAAAGUGUCUGAAGCUGUGGUUUUGAUAGAUCGAAUGAUUGAAAAUGGCUGUCAACCCAAUGAAGUUACAUAUGGACCGGUUUUAAAUGUAAUGUGCAAGUCCGGGAAAACUGCCUUGGCAAUGGAGUUGCUCAGAAAGAUGGAAGAAAGAAAGAUCAAGCUUAAUGUAGUCCAUUACAGUAUCAUCAUCGAUGGUCUUUGCAAAGACGAAAACCUCGACGAUGCACUCAACCUUUUCAACGAAAUGGAAGUGAAAGGUUUUAAAGCAGAUGUUAUUACCUACACCACUCUCAUUAGAGGCUUUUGUAAUGAUGGUAGAUGGGAUGAUGGUGCGCAGUUGCUCAGGGAUAUGAUCACAAGGAGAAUCGCCCCCAACGUUGUCACAUUCAACUCUUUGAUUGAUAGUUUUGUGAAAGAGGGAAAACUUCUAGAGGCCGAAGAACUGUACAAGGAGAUGAUUCGACGAGGUAUAUCUCCUACUACUAUUACAUAUACUUCUUUGAUAGAUGGGUUUUGCAAGGAGAACCGCCUAGACGAGGCAAACCAGAUGCUGGAUCUGAUGAUUAGCAAAGAGUGUGAUCCUAAUAUCGUGACUUACGGUAUUCUCAUAAAUGGAUAUUGUAAGGCUGAGCGGGUCGAUGAUGGUUUUGAAUUGUUCCGCAAAAUGUCCCUGAGAGGAGUGGUUGCUAAUACAGUUACUUAUAGCACUCUAAUCCAAGGGUUUUGUCAAUCGGGAAAAGUUGAGGUUGCUAAAGAACUCUUCCAAGCGAUGGUUUCUCGUCGUGUUCCUCCUAAUAUCGUGACUUAUUCUAUUUUGCUGGAUGGGUUGUGUGACAAUGGGGAACUAGAAAAAGCAAUGGAAAUUUUUGAAAAAAUGCAGAAGAGUAAGAUGGAACUUGAUAUUGGUAUCUAUAACAUCAUCAUUCACGGGAUGUGCAAUGAUAGUAAGGUAGAUGAUGCUUGGGAUUUAUUCAGUAGUCUACCUCUUAGAGGAGUGAAGGCCGAUGUUAAGACAUACAACAUACUAUCUGAACUCAUUGAAGACUUGAAAAGGGGAGGGUUCGCUGCUGAUGCGUCCACUAUAAAGAUGGUUAUGGAUAUGUUAUCGGAUGGUAGAUUGAACAAAAGCUUUUUGGAUAGGCUAUCGUGAAUGCCUACGAGAAAGCCCUGGUUUGUUCUGUUUCAUCUAAACCCAUAACAGAGUAGUAGUAAUUAGCUAUGAACAAUUUAGUUUCUGUUCUAAUGUAACUGAUUGAUGUUUAUAAUGAAUAGUUCCUCCUCCUGGACA